AUGGUUUAUGAUUCAGAACAUAUAAAAGGGAAUCGAUCAAAAUUAACGAUAUUUCUAACAGUUUUACUAGUUCUAAUACUACUGACCGCGGCUGGAGCGGCAUUCUAUCUUUUUUCAGGACUUUUUGAUACAAGCGGCAUACUUGACUAUUUUCCAAACGUUAGAACAGAAAGUAAGAUCACACAGGCACUUAAACCACCUAAACCCAUCCAGAAAUAA